UGGUGUUAAUUCACCCACUCACUCAUUCGGUCCGUGUUUUACAAAAGAGAGGACACUCCCGAGUAUUUCCACCGCUUUACCUGUCAGAAUCCUAAGAGCACCGUGCCGCGUCUCUAGUUUAGACUUAACUUUUUUUUUUUUUUUUUUUUAAAGCGUUUUAACAUGGCUACAAAGCAUCCGGCGUGUAGAAGCCACUGGGAAUUCAAUUUCACUCUCGUUGUUCCAACAGUUUGUUUGAAGUGAACAGCGUCGAACGCUUUUUUUUCUUCUUCUCCUCCCCCUGACAAUAUUCAAGUCGAAACGCCUCUUUGUUGUUCAUUACUCAGCAACGGAUAUUUGUAGUUAUUUUCUGGCUUCUUUUUUGUUUUCGUGUUGACUUUUCCCUCCCACCUCCUGCUGGACUUCGGAGGUGGCGAGGGGGCUGGGGGGUUGGGGGGGGGGGCGACCACUUUGGAGGUGGUCUCUGAAAAAAAAAGAAAAAUGGAGGCUGUUAUCGAAAAGGACUGCAGUGCGCUUGGAGGACUUUUCCAAACACUCAUCGGAGACAUGAAGAGCAGCUACCCGGUUUGGGAGGACUUCAUCGCCAAGGCUGGCAAACUGCAGUCACAACUCAGAGCCACAGUGGUCGCCUUGGCUGCCUUCUUGGAUGCCUUUCAGAAAGUGGCUGACCUGGCAACCAACUCCAGAGGAGGCACCAGAGACAUCGGAUCAGCUUUGACCAGGAUGUGCAUGAGACAUCGCAGCAUUGAAGCUAAAUUCAAACAGUUCUCCAUGACCUUCCUGGAGGCUCUGAUCAACCCCCUACAAGAACAGAUGGAGGAGUGGAAAAGAGGUGUCUACACUUUGGAUAAGGACCAUGCCAAAGAAUAUAAACGAGCUCGACAGGAGAUCAAGAAAAAGUCAUCAGACACACUGAAACUUCAGAAGAAAGCAAAGAAAGGUCGUGGUGAUAUCCUGCCCCAGUUGGACUGCGCGAUGCAGGAUGUCAGUGACAAAUUCAUUCUUCUGGAAGAAAUUGAGAAAGAGGCCCUGAGGAAAGCACUGAUAGAGGAAAGACAGAGACUCUGCUCUUUCGUAACCAUGCUACGGCCUGUAGUGGAUGACGAGAUUUCAAUGUUGGGAGAGGUCACCCAUCUCCAGGCCAUCUCUGAUGACCUCAAAUCACUGACCUCUGAUCCCCAAAAGCUACCCCUUGCCAGUGAACAAGUGAUCUUGGAUCUGAAAGGUUCAGACUAUAGUUGGUCAUACCAAACUCCACCCUCUUCCCCUAGCACUACUACAUCCAGGAAGUCCAGCAUGUGCAGUAGUCUUAACAGUGUUAACAGUAGUGACUCCAGGGGAUCAAGUGGCUCUCACUCUCAUUCUCCUUCCUCCUCUUCUUCCUCCUCUUCCUCACACCACCUCUUCCACCACCACCAACCUCGCCAACGGAACUGCAGCUCCACGCUGUCCCAGCAGGCCCCGGCUCGCCUCUCCAGCAUCUCCUCCCACGACUCUGGCUUCAUCUCUUCAUCACAUGACCAGUACACAUCCUCCAAGCCAUCGUCACCAAUGCCGACGAAAACCAAGCCGUGUGCCAGUUCCAGCUCCUCUGACGUGUCAGAGUCUGGGCACCUUCACAGUGACUUGAGCAGUGACCCCGCUUCUCUAGCAGCAGCUGAUGCUCUUCCUCCACAUACUCUCGACAAGCUGUCCAAUGGCUUUGACCACUACAGCCCACCCAACUCCCCUACUAAUGCUGGGAGUUUGAGCUCAGGCUCCAGCACAGCCUUCCCCUUCUUCCCUCCAUCCUCCACUUCCUCGUCCUGCCCAACGGGGCCAUGGUCACGUCCCGCCUCAGCACUGCUGCCAGACUGCCCGAUGGGCUCUCUCAUGGUGCCGUCCUCUCGUGUUCCCAGCUGGAAGGACUGGGCAAAGCCAGGGCCAUACGACCAGCCCAUGGUCAAUACAUUGAGAAAGAAGAAGGACAAGGGGCCACCAGCUGUAUUGGACAGUAACGGUGUUACAGGCAGGGAGAGCAGCGCACCGCAAAACCUUUCGACCACUACUCCGGCUCUAUCCGAAAUGCACACUCCUCAAAAAGUGUCACUGGAUGAAAAGAACAGGACAGCACCAAUCAAGGCUGAUGAGUUUGAGGCCCAUGAUGAACUGGCUCUAGCGUUAUCAAGAGGCCUGGAACUUGAUGGCCAGAGGUCCAGUCGGGACUCAAUCCAGUGCUCCAGUGGAUACAACACUCAGACCAAUACACCCUGCUGCUCCGAGGACACUAUACCUUCACAAGUGUCAGAUUACGACUAUUUUUCAAUGGCCGGGGAACAGGAUCCUGAGCAACAGCAGUCCGAAUUCGACAAGUCGUCCACCAUCCCGAGAAACAGUGACAUCGGCCAGUCCUACCGGCGCAUGUUUCAGACCAAGCGGCCCGCCUCCACAGCCGGCCUGCCCAGCACUCAGGCUCCUUACGCUGUGCAAGGGGGCUACCCCAAUGGAACCUGUCCCUCAACACCCACACACGCAUAUACAUCUACUGGGCCUUAUCCGCCUACUCCAACAGGUAGUUCAAAUCAUGGGUUUUAUUCUGGAUCCCAUAAUGUCUCUGGCUCCUAUUCUACAGGCCAUGGUCCAGUUAUUGUCACCCCGGGUGUUGCCACAAUCCGCCGCACCCCUUCCUCCAAACCCUCCGCCCGCCGCUCAGGCUCGGUUGUAGGUACAGGUCCCAUUCCUAUUCGCACGCCAGUCGUCCCAGUAAAAAUUCCAACGGUUCCCGACAUGUCGGGUGUGGUAAAUGGGAGCAAGGGUAUAGAGGAGAUCGGAGGGAGUCCAGAUUCUCCUACAUUUCCACAAGGCGACAAUGCUGGAGCGCUGCCCGUGGCGUCCUGGAGCGGUCAGGCUUCGACCAAUCCUCCCACUGUCCCGCUGCCCAACCAACUGGCCCAGCAGCACUCUCACAGUGAGCCAGGAGGAGAGGAGGCAGAUGGCAACAUGUUGGUGGCCAUCCGCAACGGAGUCAAGCUCAAGAGGACUCUCACCAAUGACCGCUCAGCACCUCGGAUCGCGUGAGCACAACUCCACAAAAAGUCAAGAGCGUUUGAGAGAGAAAAGAGAAAGUUUAAGGCAUCUCAUUUUAUUCAACAGGCAAAUUUCACCUGUUCUUUUUUGUGCAGGUUCUACUACUAGAAUACCUCUCUUCGCAAUGCAGAUGUGAGAUGUGAGUUUAGGAUCUCAGCAAUGAGAUCACUUUGUCUGGUUCGUGAUGCCUCAAAAAUUAUAUCAAUGAUGCAAACGUAAUAGCAAUAGUGGAUUGCAGAACACAUCUGGUAAUGUACAUGCUGUACCAUGAUUCAACCCAAAACAUGUUAGGGUGGCCAUUUUUUGACCUAGAGCAGGAAGUUUGUUUUGCUGAAUUGAGUCAAUUGCUGGUUCAUUUCAGAAGUACAAAAAAAUAGGACCAUAUCAUUGUGUAGAAUAAACUGGGACACACCCAAUGUGAUCUGAGUCGUCAUCUGAAGUGGGCAUCAAGUUUAGCCUGAUGUUCAAGUUAAUGUUGUUGUUUCUUACUGCUUUUUCGUGUAAGUAUUCCUCUUACCUGGCCAAAUUGUUGCCGUAUGUCCACGUUGCCAAAAAGCGUGUUGCUGCUUUUCACGCUUAACAUUUAUUUAUUUCGUCAUGCUCUUCCACACUGCCCGACGCUUUUUGCAUGAUCCCUCUCAACAGGAUAUGUAGCAGCAGUGUUGUCUUUAACGUUAUACAGCCAGUUGUACACUACAUCGGCCUUUUUCGUAGCAUUUAUUAGCUCCACUGCCUCAUAACGGCGGAGUCAUUCGCACAUAGACCGUACUAAUAAAUGUAAAAAAAAACAAAAUUUAAAAAAAAAAUUUACAUUUAUAUAUUGAACGCUUAAAUGUGUGUGGAAGUCUUUAGUUAUAAACAAAAUUCUACAAACGUUUUGUUUUUCACAAAAAUGUGUAACAUUUAUUCUGUAACCUGUGGACAAGCUCAAAGGUCGGUGUUGGAAAUAUAUCAAUGACGAUGUGGAGACAAGUCCAUAACAAAAUUGUAUUAUUUAAGAAGUACUGUAGUUUUCUUUAUACAGGACAAUAAGUUUUUGCAGCAACAUGAGGUUUCACUUCACACUUUUGUGUGUUAGCAUUUAAUUUUAAGCACUGUCAGAUCAUGGUGACUACAUAAUGAGGCAUGUAAAUAUUAUUUAGCUGUACAAGCAUUUUAAUUUAUUUUCUCUUUAUUUUGCAAAGUCUUCAGUUUAUAUCAACAUAAGAGUGAUUCACACCCAUGCAAUCUGAUUUUCUGGCAGCAGUGCAGUAUACUCUGGGUCUAUUAUUUCACACCUACAUUUGCAGUAUAACCUGUAUUUUGUCAGUUGACUGGUUAGAAAGUUAAAAAAAGUAUAUUUAGCUGGCUUGAAGGUCUCCACACAAGCUCAUCCAUAUUUGUAAUCGUGACAAUUCAUCAGUAUUAUUAAUGUGGAGCUACAUUAAGUGCAGUCUUCCCCCAAAAUUCUUUAGCCUAAAAUGUGUCAUUUAUGUGUUCUUCUCUAACCUGACGUAACCAAAACUACUUUCGCUUCAGCAGUCUGCUUGUAUAAAACUUGUAUUAUCCACCUUGGAAUGUUCAUAUUUAAAUGACUAGUAUAGCAGUUCUAUAUUAUAUCAGAGUUCCUUAUUCUGUAUCCAAUGACUAAAAAAUAUACUGUCUGUUUUGAGGAGUGUAAAGUCGUUGUUUUAGUUCUGGUUUGUAAUUUCACUCACAGUGCGUUUGAUAUAUUUACCUGUCAAUGAACAGUUCAACGGGUAAUUCGUUUUCAAAAGUACACAGUUGUUAUUUUGUGCAAUGACAAUGUCAGCAAUUACAAUAAACAAAC